AUUAUUCUACUGUGCCAUUAUAAAGGACUUAACUAAUAUUGAUUGUAUUGUUUUAAGAGUGCCAUUUCACCCUUAUCAUUUGCUGUUAAUGUAUAGCGCGAUAUGUAUACAUAUUAAUGAGAUUACUUAAUGAUAUCGAUAUCAAUUUGUAUACAACUCGCCAGGCAUUAUGUCAUUGACCUGUCGUCUGCCAGCUGAUCCCAGUAGCGAAACUAUCGACCGUCCGGAUCGGACUGACAAUCGCUUUCAUCAGCCUUUGCCGACACCGCAUCUUCGCGGUAUGACGACACUGAAGCCUCUCCAGUACGUGGCCACCAGACCGAGAUCAUCGAUCACGAAGCGGACUUCGUCAAUGCUGACAAGGAGAAACGGGCCUCCGUUGCAAGGUGUUAUGGCGGUGGUUGGGCGAUCGACGUUGUCCAAGGAGUUGAUGGCGAGUUACAAACACACUAAACGAGUCGGACCUUACCUCCUGGGCCCAACCAUCGGCGAGGGAAGCUUCGCAAAAGUGAAAGAGGCGAUGCAUGUCCUUGUUGGCGAAAAGGUUGCCGUCAAGAUAAUAGAUAAGAGAGCCGCGAGAGAGGACGCAUAUCUGCACAAGACACUCCGUAGAGAGGCGGGACUUCUCCAACUUCUUGGCCACGCCCAUAUCGUACGUCUUCUUGAAGUCAUGGAAACGGAUAAUAACUUGUACUUGGUGUUGGAGCUGUGUGGGGGCGGUCCUUUACUGGAUAAGGUGUGUGAGAAGAGUGGUAUUGAAGAGGGCGUGGCCAGGCGGUACAUCAAGCAGGUGGCUUCAGCUGUUUACCACAUGCAUCAAAUGGGUGUGGUCCAUAGAGAUCUGAAAGUUGAGAAUCUUCUCCUUGACGACAACGACAAAAUCAGAAUAAUAGAUUUUGGGCUAAGUAAUUUCAUCGGGAACCUGGAGAGGGAAACCGAUAUUCGGGAUGCUAAAAAACGGGAGCGGGAUUUCUCGAGCCGCAAACAGGUGGACGUACGCGCAAGCCGGAGACAGAGCCGAACUGUUGGAGGGAGACAUGCCGCCUCGGGUGAUGAGGGUGGUAGGCCCGGUGAGACCAAGGGCGUGGCCAGGCCGCGGCUUCCAUCGGAUGACGGAACUAAACGACGAACGAGAGGAUCGUCUCUUCGUGAGGAAAACGGUCAAGAAAGAGCGGGACUGCAGCGGAAAAACAGCAAGGAGCAACCUAACGUAUCCAGAUCCAACACCAAACAAAAUGGCGGACGAAGUAAUGGCGGGAAUGUUCAAAAUGCGGUUCAACCCAUGUUUCCUCGGAUGGCCAAUGAAGAAAAGAGCUCGCCGGAGAAGAGGCGGGAUGUUUUGAGGAAUAGAAAGAUGGACGUAUUCGGGACUAGGGACUUUGCGGGAACGCUUUGCGGGAGUCCCGCCUAUGCAGCUCCGGAGAUAAUUGCGAGGAAGCGAUAUGGACCCAAGGUGGACGUUUGGAGCAUGUAA